UUUGUCAGAUCCAAAAACUGUAAAAUUGCACCAAAUUUGGUAAAUAUUCAUCAAAUGUGACAUCUUUUACCAAAAUCGGUUGGUUAGCACCAAAUAAGGAAUUUGUUUUACCAAAAUAAGCAAAAUUGAUCACCAAAACAGGAAUGUUCAGGAAACUGUACCAAUUUUAGGGAAAAUCCUACCAAAUGAAGCAAAAAUUUACCGAAAAGUGGAUUCCCUCCACCAAAUAUAUGCAAGAAUGCACCAAUUUUAGUAGGAAUAUUUUAUCUACUGGAUCAAAUGGUAUAAUUUCAGUAGAAUAUCUGGCAUCGACUCUGCGUGCCGCGGCCAGCCGCGGCGCUUCCGGCGCUUUGAAAGUACCCUCGUGGCGUCGUGGCGUCGUCGGCAGCGUUCUUCGCUUCGGUGCUUUGAUUGUGGUGUCACGCCGUUCUUUGAGCUGUCUCCUAGGGCGGAUUUCUAUAUCUCGUGUGUAAUCAAGCCAAGUCACUACUACAGACUCUAGCUUUGCAGUUCAAGUUGUCUCGUGCACAGAGAGGAAAGCCGGCAAUGGAGGAAUCGGAUGACUCAUUGAGCGAGUUUCAGUCGGAGACCACUCCCGCUCAGUUUCGCGUUGGUAGUAAUGGUCAGGAUGGCGAAGUGCAGCCAAGUGCCAAAAAGCAUCGAGGCCAAGGCAUUGCCUGGAAGACCAUCUGGAUUGAUCUGGCUGAUCAACAAGCUGCUCUUGCCAUGAUGAACUCUGGGCAAGAAAGUGAUGCAGGAUGGCGUCUCUGCCGAACUCAUAAGACUUCAGAAGGGGACAAGGCAUAUUAUGUGUGCCGGAAUGCUGCCUGCAAAAGGCAGAUGAUGGUUCUCUACCACAGCAACAAGACAACAGUAUCAGUGCUCUCGAAUGGAGUGGAGCACUCUCAUCUGGAGGUCCAAGACCACCUGGAGGCAUCUGCUGCUAGUGGAGGUGCUGGGCAUGGCCUGAAGCCAUCUGUCAAGAAGGCAGUCGACUUCCUGUUUCAGUCUGGCAUUCAGAAACCACUGGCUGUGCAGCGCAGCCUGCGCGACCAGGGCAUCGAGGCGAGUCAGAAGAAGCUGGCCAACUAUCUUCGGACGCUGAAAAAGAACAAAUAUGGAAAACCGACCAUGAACUACGCCGAACUGCGGGAGUGGUGCGAGUCACAUUCUGAGGUGCCUGAUGAUGAGGAUGAGCCCUACGUCAUUGACUGGGCGUCAAGUGCAGACAGAGGGCACUUUAGGGUGCAGUUCACCACCCGCAAGCUGCUGCGUCUCGCGGCAAAGAGUGACGUGGUUCACGUGGAUGCCACGUACAAGCUUAAUUGGAACGGGUGUCCCGUGCUCAUCACAGGAGUAACUGAUCGACAGGGGAAGUUUUUCCCGUCGCUGUACUCUGUCACCAGCACAGAAACGACGGAGGACUACGCAGCCCUGCUGCUGUGUCUGAAGGAAAGCGUGGAACGAGAGACGAACGAGGUCUUCCGUCCGCGUGUGGUCGUCGCCGACUGCUGCGAGGCCAUCUCGAAUGCUGUGGAGGCGGUGUUCCCGCAAGCGAUUAGGCGGUCCUGCUGGUUCCACGUUAAAAAAGCAGUAGACUCGCGCCUUCGUGGAGCACCAGAGGCCAUCCGGAAGAUAUUCCUCCAGGACUUGGCAAACCUGCAGGUUUGCCUCACUGCUGCUGAGUUCCGUUGGUUUGGGGCGCGUAUGCUGGAGAAGUGGAGGCGUCAGUGGCCCACGGAGGAUGGAGAAAGGUUCUGCAGGUACUUUUCCACCACGUACCUGCAGCGCUUCUCUGUGUGGUCGGAAGGCCAUGAUGUGGCGUCUCCCAGCACCAAUAACGGUCUUGAGGCCUUCAACGGGGAGAUAAAAAAACAACACACGAUGCGAGAGCGUCUGCCGGUGGGUCAGUUCUUGGUGCUGUCGCUCACGAUGGUGCGCCACUGGUCACGAGACUGUGGCACACGGAGGGUGUUCUCCGAGUCCCUGGCCAUCAGCCUGGACCUCCAUACACGAGGCUUCCAGUGGACCAACAGCGGGAAGUCGUUGGUCUCAGAGGAGGAUGGCCUCAAGAAGAUAUACAUACCGGCUGGAAGUGACACUCAGAUCACGCAAGAGGACCUGGACAACUUCAAAGACGUAGUAGAGGGGGGUGUAGACCGCUGUGAGUCAUUUGAUGUGUACACCCGAUACAGGUUCAGAGUAUGGGUAGUGACAGACGAAGGUGACGGAAGUGAUGUGUGGAAGCUUAGAUGUACCUGUCCAGUGUACCUAAAGGGUAACAUCUGCAAACAUGUCGUGGGGGUGGCCUAUUUUCGUGAUAUGCUGUCCGUGCCCGAGGCCGCCAAAACCGUGCCGAUCGGGCAGAACCGAAAACGCGGUCGUCCCGCGAAGGCAAAACCCGCACUCCAGCGACAGUGACGUGUGCGCGGCCGUCGUGGCGCCAUCUCCCUGUGGGAAGUCUAGGUUCGAUGUGCCAGGAUAUAAAAUUGUCAUUAGAUGCCACAAACUUUUCAGCAUUUUGUCGGUAUUCCUCACUAAUGUAUAAGAGUCAGUGAAUUUGGUAAAAGGUUUGUACUUUGUAUCAUCACCCAAUUUCCCGAAAGUGUAUGGUUUUUGGUAUUUUGUCAUGGUAUUGACUGGCAUUUGGUUUGGCAUUAGUUGCCGUAUUUUCUGUAACUGACACCAUUAGUCAGGCUGAUGUAUGUAUGAUGAUGUCCGAACUCCGAUCUUGCUUGUGUGUUGUGUAGCCUGGCCGCUUGUAGGGCGAGCAGAAUGUACAAUAUAAAGAAAUGUGCUUUGUUAUGA